AUGCAGUCCAAGAUGCAAUAUUAUCUUUAUCAAACAGGGAUUGAUGAACUUUUAAAUGAUGCUUUCAAACAGGUAGCUAUUAAUAAGCCUAGCGAUCCAAUAGUUUACAUCGCUUAGUAUUUGAGAAACGGAUAAAAUUUGAUUCUCUUAGUGAGCUUGAUUAAUCAACCUAAUAAAUACAAUGUUUUGAAGAAAUCUACAAUUUAGCUUAUAAAUUAAGAAGAUUUAGAUCGUCCAUUCACUGAAGAAGGGGCUAUCACAAUUACCAAAAAUAAAGUAGUAGGAAUAAACUAUUAGCAAAUUAAAACAAAUUUAAUAGCCAUAGCUGAAAAUUAAGUACAAGAGAAUGAUGAAAUUGACUCUGACGAGGAAAUUCCUAAAAUCAGACCAGAACAAGUACAAUUCUAACUGAUUCAAAUCCUUCAAAUAAGAAUAAGAAUACAAAGGACCAUUUAAAACUCUACAUGA